AUGCGUACAUCUAUCUUCGUCUCCGACUCUAGAACCAAAACUGCCUUCCCCAGAUAUUCGUCGCGUGUUUUUGAAGUUAGAAACAAAACCAUUUGUCUAGACAUGGAACUGGAUUCCGCGUCACCAAUCACAUUUGUGCCAUAUUGUUUUUACCAACCGGAUUGUGAUCAACUAACUGUAAAUCCUUCUGCUUACACUUUCAGCAGCUACUCCAAUGGUGGUGUCCACAUACUCAGGUUUGUUACGGUUGCAAUGUUUCUUGUAAACAGCAGGAGGCAUAUAGUUGAAGUUUACGUCUCUAA